UAAGAUGUAAGCACGUUCGGAAAUGGUGCAACAUUAGGUUCGAAACGCGUGAGAAGCAGAAAACGAAAUCUACUCAAAGAAGUGUCUUUUAAAAAUUAAAACAAAAAAGAAAGUGUCUUGAAAACUGUUUUUACAACUAUUUUCAACUUGAACAAAAAGGUUAUGGCGAAACACUUGGUACAAAUAAUUGUAAUGGGUACACAAGUUGUUGUUAAAGCGUUUGCACGGGCACUACGACAAGAAAUUGCUGCUAGUCAGGCGGCUGCACGUAAAACAGGUGGUGGAUCACGAGGUACUCAACAUGUAGCAGCCAAUUAUAAAACUGGAAUUUCUUUAGAAGAAGCACUACAAAUUUUGAAUGUUGAAAAAGUGGAGCAGUUAGAUGCUAUUGAACGGAACUAUAAAUACCUUAUGGAAGUUAAUGACAGGUCUAAAGGUGGUUCUUUUUAUAUUCAAUCAAAAAUUGUACGUGCUAAAGAACGUAUAGAUGAAGAAUUAAAAAAUAUAAAAGUUCCUCCUCCAAAAACAGAUACCACGCAAGAAGUUUCCAAAUGACUUUAAUAAAUUUUUAUAUAGGCUUAAUUUAAUUAUAUUUCUAAACCCUGUAAAUAUGCAUCUAAUGACAUAUUUUCAUCAUAAAUGAAUAGUAUGAAAUAUACCAUCAACAAGAUUGUCAGUACUGUAUUUUGUUUUGUUAUUGGUUAAAAUAAUGAAAUAAAAGAAAACAUUUUAUUUGA